AACGUCGUCGACCAACCUCCUCCUUUCUCUGUGCGCUUCUUCUUCUUCUUCUUCUUCUUCUCAUCUCGCUCUCGAUCCCGUCGCUUCUCAUCGAUUCGUUUUAGGUUCACGCAAUCGAUGGAAUCUGCUCGGCGCCACCUUCCGCCUUCGUCGUCGUCGACAAGGUUGCUCGACCUCGAGGUCAACGUCGUCUCGGCCAAGCACCUUAAAAACGUCAACUGGCGUAACGGCGAUCUCAAGCCCUACGUCGUCGCCUACCUCGACCCCGACCGCCGCGCCGCCACCAAACCUGACGACGCGGGAUCCACCCGCCCCGUCUGGAACGAGCGCCUUGCGCUCCCCCUCCCGCUUCCGUCUCUGGAAACCCUAUUUUUCCUCACCUUGGACGUCUUCCACUCCAAGCCCUCGGAGACCCCCAAACCCCUCGUCGGCACCGCCAGAUCUCCUCUCAAGGAGCUCCUCGAUCCCGAAGCCUUCGCCGCCUACGCCUCUGGAGGCGGCAGCGUCAGCGGCGGCGGCGGGACCUCGCCGAUCCGCACCCUCGAGCUCCGGCGCCCUUCCGGUCGGCCUCAGGGAAAGAUCCGCAUCAAGCUAGCCUUGCGAGAGCGCCCCAGUCCCCCAAUCGAACCCGAUCCCACCGGCCACUUUGCUCCACCACCUCCUUCCAGCUAUUAUUACUCCUCCAACGCUCCUCCCUUCCCUUCUCCUUCGCUGUCCUCUCAUCUUCCGCAUCACUCAGCUAGAGAUUAUCGCACCUUCUCGCCACCUCCUUCUUCUCUCCCUCCUUACGGUCACCCUCCGCCCCAGCCACACCUUCACCCUUCGCAAUAUCCCUAUGGGAGCUACCCCGAUCCCUACUCCUCUGGGUACUAUUCCCCUGCUUCCUCCACCUACUAUUCUGCGCCACCAGCUCCAGCCCCUGCCCCAUCCCCAGCCCAUCAGUACUACGAUCGGGCAUCUAGCUAUGGUGGUCCAUCUGCACCUGCAGGCUAUUCGGUUGGGUACUCUUCUUAUGACAAUAAACCAAAAGGAGGCAGAGCAGGAGUGGCGACAGGAGGAACAACAGUUGGGGCGGUGGCUGGAGCAUUAGGCGGGUUAGCACUGGAGGAAGGACUGAAACACGAGGAGGAAAAGGUCGCUGAAAAGGUGGCGAAUGAUUUCUCAGCAAGGGAUGAUUACAGUGGCCAUCGUGCUGAUUACUAAUCACUUCCCGCUUCAGUUUUACACCCGCUUGUUGUUUACAGUCAGAAGGCUUAGUGUUGCGGUGCUGCAAGCAGCCAAGAUGAAUAAACUACGCCGGUUUGAUUUCUCUUUCCAAUAUGUAUAUGUCGACUCUGCUAUCAUUCUCAAUGGACAAAAGCCACUGCUGUGCUAUUAUAUAUCUUUACUAAAUGGAAUUUGUUAUAGCAUGCUUCCCCGGA